UUUUGUGGUCACAUGAUUGUAUACGUCACUUGUGUCUUUGCAUGAUCUGAAAGGAAUAGUAAUUUGUAGGGGGAGUUUACCGGCGUAAUUACUUGUGAUUUCCGUGUUAUUUUCUUUUUUAUCACACAAACUUUGAUAGAAUGCCUGAGGUAGAUCUUGACAGACCACCAUACACCCCAUUUUUCGGGGCUAUGGGAGCUACAGCCGCUAUGGCGUUCAGUGCUCUGGGAGCAGCCUAUGGAACGGCCAAGUCUGGUACUGGUAUUGCGGCGAUGUCGGUCAUGCGACCUGAGCUUAUCAUGAAAUCCAUCAUCCCCGUUGUCAUGGCUGGUAUCAUUGCCAUCUACGGUCUUGUCGUAGCUGCUCUUAUUGCCAACAGUAUAGAUGCUGAAUACGAUCUUUUUAAGAGUUUCUGUCAUCUUGGAGCAGGUUUGAGUGUAGGUCUCAGUGGUCUUGCUGCCGGUUUUGCCAUCGGCGUUGUCGGCGACGCUGGUGUACGAGGAACGGCCCAACAACCAAGAUUAUUCGUGGGGAUGAUUCUAAUUCUUAUUUUUGCUGAAGUGUUGGGUUUAUACGGACUGAUUGUGGCGCUCAUUUUGGCCACAAAGAGCAAGAACUAAGAUCUAUGGUGCUCUGUUAGGUACCUGUUAUAAAAUAUAAUACUUGGAAAGAUUGUGGUAGAAUAGUGUCUAUAAAUUUUGAAAAAUAUCAAAGUAUGUCAGUUCAGUAAAAUCAUGGUGUUUACCUUUUUAUAUUGGUGUUACUAUUUUUUGGAACGAAAAAUAAGGAAAGAAAUUGUAAAUGUCUUAAAUGGUUUAAAUUUUCAAUGUAUCUGGUUAUAUCCAUUUGCUUUGCAUUGCAAACGAGUAUCAGAGUUGGCCAGAGAGAAGCAACUCGACACAAGAUUAUCACUGCUUUGCUAAGAUGAACAAAUUUCCAUAUAGUUGUGAAUAUAGCCAGAUAUAUUGUUUCAAUGAAUGUUAGCGUAUUGGAGCAUUUGUCAUUAAAGACAGAUCUGUAUACAAAAUUUGCACUUUAACGAGGAAGUUAAUUAACAUACAUGUAUCCUAUAGGUAUAAAUCAUAUAGGCCUUAUGAAGUUUUGAAAAUUAGAAAUUGAGACAUGCAAUUAAAAGCAAUACUGGCUUGAUUGGCAAAUGCUUCAGUUUUAUUGUUUAAACUUACGAGGCAUACAAGCUAUAGAGUGGAAUAAUUUUUGUUUUGUAUGAAAACCUUUCGUGAUAAAUAUUGUAUAUUACAUUUUGUUAUAAUAUAUUUGUAAAUAGUUAGUCUUCUGUUGAUGGACUUAAAAAUGAAAGCAGGGUAGCUUGGAGAACAAUUUCACGAAAUAAUGAUCUACUUUUUUAUUGUGAAAAAAAAUGUUUUAAAACACCAGACAGAGGUCUUGCAAUGUAAAUAUUCAAAACGAAAAAUUUUGAUCUGAAGUUAAGUGGUUAUUAAUUCUAUUCAUAUUGGCUAAAAUAAAAACGAUACUACCAGUUUGUAAGAGGUGCGUCGGAAGGUUUUUAAUAGAACAAUAGGUUAAACUGAUUAAAGGUGAUUUCUUGAAUUUUGAAAUAAAGGUAAUUGUAAGAUUGCUAAGUUGUAUGAAAAUGAUUAUAAAUCUAUUGAUAUAAAAAAUAACAAGUUUAUCAGUGAAAAUAUGACUGUGAAGGUACUUUUUCAUCAGACAUUUGUAGUUACCCUCCAGCUAACACAUGUACUGUAGAUACAUUUACCAUUUUGUGAGUAACAUGUCCUUAUGUUUAACUUCAUUGAUUUGAUCUUUACUAUUUUUAUGAAUUAAACUCACUUUAAAAGUUUGCCAAAAUAUCCUAGGAUACGUUAUGUACUUGUACAAUUUGUAUAAACUAUUUCUCAAUGUUUUGAAAAUUAAAAAAAGCUACAAUAAAAAUACAAGAUUUAAAUGUUUUUUCCUUGUUUCAAAGUCACCUGUCUCUGUGAUUUACUCUAUUACUGGUUUUUAGUCAUAAUUUUUAUGUUUUCAAUUAUAUUUUAUUUAGUUUUUCUAGAACAUUUUCAAUUGUGUUCUUAGUUACUAUAACCCAGAGAGAAUGCUUAAGGUUGUUUUAUGCUAGAAAUAAAUCCCAUUGCUUUGUUUGUAAAAACAAUUGAAAUGACAUCAAUAUUUUAUUCCUAACUAUUCUAUGUUUUUUAUUUAUCCUGUAGCAUAUAAAUUAAAAUAUUGGAUUAAACUGGCCAGUUUUCUAAGCAUUUGUUUUAGUGUGAUGUGAUUAAAGUUAAUUUAUAAUAGAAAAUUAAUUCUUAGACUAAUAAAUUAUGUGAUAUUUUGUCAACAUUGGUAUACAAUUUGAACUUUUUAUUACAGCGCAUCAAAAAUGUUCUAUCUAUACUUUCCCUAAGAUUCUUGAAUGAUAAAAAAAUAGUCAGUUAAAAAAGAAAACACUCCCUGAAAAAACUGAAAAAAAAGACAAAAUUCCGCAGUUUUACAUGUGAAAAUUAAAAGAACAACUUUCUGCUAGUUUUAUUGCUUGUUUGCUUCAAAAAUCUUUUUCAAAUUUCUUCUUUUUAUACAAGCCCCAUGUAGUCUUAUACAGAAUUUUUCUGACUCUUGUAAGCAGGUGUAAUCAAAUGGAAGCAAAAGUUUGACGUGUAUGAUUGAGAAAUCCCUUACCCAUGUGUGUAGUAAUAUAGCUCAUUUGUUAACUUUGUUUAUAAUGGAACAUUCCUUCACAGUGUAUAGAUAAACUUCGAUAAAAUGACACAAUUAUACCAUUAUUAGGCUGGCAGUCAGACACAUGUUGACUUUGAAACAUUGGUCGACUCGUGACCCAUUUAUAACAUGACCUUUGCCCUUGAGGUCAUUUUGCAUUCACUGUGCAAUAAGGAACAGACCGGUUUAGAAGUUGGUUAAAUUGUGUCAUCAUAUCUUAUGUCAUCAGUAAAAUCUCGCUGUAUAUUGUUUUUUCAUUUCAUGCAUGGUUGACUAAAGUGACACAGUAUAUAUAUUUUGUUUCCAUGUAAAUGUGAAAAUAAACUGGAAGAACUCAUCA